CUGUUACAGGUGGCGUCCGCGGGCGCGGAGGCGCUGGCGUCGCUCGAGCACAAACAUCGACCAAGCACGCAGCCACAGCCACGCACUGCGCUCGACGACUUGCCGCAACAUUCUUAGCGUAAAAGUUAACGUGGAUGGUUUACUCUAUGUAAUUUGCGAUGUUGGAGUUGAUAAGUUUCCUUCGAGCAUAGUGCGCGAACGACUUUUCGAAAUACGAAAGUGCCAAGUACAAUGUGCCUUAUUGGUGUUCCCGCGAUUUUCUCCACAAUGGAUUGGGAAAUUCGUACUUGUUACAAUUAUACGCUACGCAAAUGUGAAUAAUUGAAAAAAAUGAGCAGAAAUUAUAUUAGAAGAAUACCAGAGUUUCACGAUGAGCACUGCUGCGCCGGGAAUGUCACUGGGAACUUUCGGCGCACGUCCUCACUGCGUUUGCGCGGUGAGAAGAUGGUGCAACGUUCACCUCUUUCCACCAGGAAAUUAAUUCCCAUAAUCACGGAAAAUACACACCACAAAACCCGGAGCGAUGGGCCUCGCCUCCCGGAGCCCGGUUACCGCCAGAGAAGCCAUUCUUUUAGCAAUAAUGGUCAAAAGCCAAGGAAACCUUGCCUGAAGUCACAAGACAACUGUGAUGGCAAACUCAGCAUGACAGACUCUGCCCACACUCCACCUGGCUCUCCCGAGGACCUGCCUGAUGAUGAAUCUCUUCACAGUUAUGGCAGCGCUGCUACUGCAGCUUCUGUGGAUGCAGGUUAUGCACCAUUUAAUGGGACCACCUUCAGUGGCCGGUCUAUGCGAUAUGUCCUGCAUUGUUCCUCUCAUGCUGGCCUUGCUGGUGAUGAGUAUCUCACUCCUACCCAAAGAGCUCAAAAACAAAUCCGUCGACUCAAAAACCUACUCACUCAAGCUAAAAAAGAUUUGGAAAAGAAAGACAGUGAAAUAUUUCACCUCACAAAAGAAGUUGUUGAACUACGUCUGUACAAAGCAUCCAUAUGCUCUCCUGAUGAAAAAUCAAAUUCAAGUGAAAUUGUAACAAUAAGGGAAAAUGCUGAAGAUCUGUCUCUUGAACAAGAAAGUCCAAAACGUGAAGAAGCAUGUAGAUCUUUUGAUGUCACUGAUAGUCCCUUGUUCAAAGACCAGACCCCAACUAGAUGUCAAAAUGAAAUGCAAGGGUCCUUUACUGACUCCGGCCACUUUGAUGAUCUCACUAACUCUUCUUUACACUCUAAGGAGUCAGUUCACAUGUUAACACAAGAGGCUUCUUGCAUGACCGAAUUUAAUGAUGCAGAAGAGGAACGCCGUAGUUUAAUAAUGUUUUAUGAAAAAAAAGUAGAUGAUGUGAUGAGAAGUCACAUGGGUGAGACACAGGAGUUGAAGAAGGCACAUAAUGAUAAGGUUGAGGCAUUGCUGCAGAAGCUGGCUGACGUAAAUACGCGGUACUGUGAGUUGCUGCCUAACUAUGAGCAAGCUAAGGAGAGAAUCCACGCUUUGGAGAAACAGCUGGAGGACGCAAGUCGGCAGCUUAAUGAUGAAGAAAGCAGACACCGGUCCAUAUACUUGCAAAUGUACCAGAAAGGCAUGGAGGCAGCUAAAUUUGAAUUGGAUAAGGAUGGUGAAGCGAGUACAUCUCAGGGACCAGUAAACAGGGUAUCCGUUGAGGAACUACUUGAACAGUUGCAGAUAACCCAGACCGAGCUCGAAAAUGUCCGAGACACGGCAUUCACAUCGGACCGAACGGCAAAGUCACAAGUACUUCUAAGUGCAAAGGAGGCUGUUUCUUUAUGGGUCCUAGGAGCUCGAAAGGCUAUGUACCGUCGAAUUGUCGAGUCGCAAAAGGGUAAUAAAACCACUGUGGACCCCGAGGUGACACUGCAGUUCCUCAAGUCGGCCAUCUACUACUUCCUCACAGACCCGGAGAACCACCAGGGUCAUCUCAACGCGAUAGAAAACAUCCUAGGCUUUACUGAGGCAGAGAAAAAUAAUAUACGCAAAGCUAGAGCGACGUAGAAAGACUGCUGUGAUUGUGUGAUAUGUCUUUAGAUAAAUUUUGUUGCUAUUUAGAUAGAAAUCAUUGUUGCAUGUCGUCGAUGACGUACAACUAAUAGUUUAAGAUAUUUUUGAUUGGGGUAUAAGCAUAGUAUUAAAGGUGUGCACACUAUUUUGAAAUUAUUUUAAGACGUCCCUGCAUAGCAUAAUAAGGCACAUAAUAAUGUUUUAAGUUAAUGGUGAUUGCUAUUACUUUAUAAGUUUCAAUCGAAUUUAUUUCCUAGUUAUUGAAUUGUGAUUUUCUUUUAUAAUUUUAAGGGCCAAAGAAUCGUUUUCUUUUUGUGCAAUUUUGACAUUAGUUUUAUGUAAAAGUACAGUGAACCAAAAUGCAUUCCUUGUAGAUUUAGUGUAAGUGUUGUUUGUAUAUUUUAUAGUUUUAUCAUCUUAUAUGGUGUUGUUUUCCUUUUUGGUCUUUUAUUUUUUGUUAAUGCAUGCUGGUCGGCAUUGUAUAGCUUUUUAUUGUAUUUUAAUAUUAUGUUGAGGUUUAUACAAAAUUUUCGUAAUAAUUUUUAAGGUGAAUUUCACUUGCGCAUAAUAAAUAAGCUAAGACGCUAGUGACUAAUGUAUAAGCAGUUCUCGCACUGCACUUUAGUGCUACAGUCUGCUAUCUAUGGAGGACACGUAAGUAAAAUUAAUCUUAGAAGUUAUCACGGGCUUUGUGAUCACGUCUUGCCACCUUGACUUACAUUUGUGAUUCUAUCAGAUUUAUGCAUGUUAUAAGGCUGAAUCACCGCGUACUGCUUUUAUUGCGGAUUUCAAUUCAGUUUUCAAUUUGGCAUUUAAAGAUACAUCGAAAAUAAUUCUAAUUUUACCAUAGCAGGAUACCUAACUUAUAAAAUUCAAAUACUCGUGUUUCUUUUAAUGUCAAAUUCGAAACUAGAAGGUAUGUAACUUUGUGUAUUGUCAUGUUUUAAUUAAACAGUCAUAAUAAGAAAUUUUGCCUCGUCUUGCCUCCCGAUUGCAAAUGUGACAGUAUAUAUAAAAUGUUAUUGAUAUCAACUUCAAUAAAAUCAGAAUUAUAGGGUUAAGAGCCGUGGGAAAAUAUAAUAUGUAAUAAAAAUUGAAGGGUUAGGAAACUUAUUAUUUUUAUAUUUUGAUUAUGAUCAAACCGCCUAACGUCCAUUAAAAAUUAUAAAAAUAGCAAGACUUAUACCUAUAGUUUUCUCUUUACUCUGAUAGAUGUAAAGGUAACCAUUCCAUUGAACUCUAUUGUAGCAAGCAUUGCAGUUGUGAUCCAUUAUUAGGGUUCGGGAAGGCAUAUUGAGCUCAAUGGAAUAUAAUGCCUGUCAUAGGUAUUUGUUUUGGUUGAUUUUCGAGUUAUUGUAACACUUUAGGACACACAUGAGGUUUCCGUGACAAUUUGCUUGUUUUUAGUUAUGAAUAAAUAAAUUAUUGAUUUAUGA